UGCAUCUAACCUGAGGUGGUUCUGCUGGUACCAGUCUACAAAGUUCUGGAUCUCCUGUCCAGCUCCUCUGUGAUGAGACCAACUCUGACAGAAUCAUCUGAGAACUUCUGCAGGUAGAAAUCUGGGAUUUCAGGUGAGCAGGUGAGAUGUCGGACGAGGAGGACAUGGCGCCGGCGGUGAAGAGAAGCCGCGUGUUCUACGGCAGCCUGGAGGAGAAGGAGCGCGAGCGCCUCAGCCUGCAGAUGGCGAGGAACACGUUUACAGGAAGUGAUGCCGUGAAGGCGGGCAUCAAAGCAGGAAACAUCAACAUCUCCUCAGGAGAGACCAUGGAGAUGGAGGAGCGGGUGAGCGAGCGGCAGCAGGAAGCGCUCGCUGAGUUUGAGCGGCGGCGGCGAGCCCGACAGAUCACCGUAUCCACGGACGACGCCGAGGUCAAAGCGGGCCUGCGAGCGCUGGGAGAGCCAAUCACGUUGUUCGGAGAGGGUCCGGCCGACCGCCGUGAGAGGCUGCGCAGCGUCUUGUCCGUGGUCGGUCCCGACGCGCUCAAGAAGUCCAGGAAAGACGAGGACCGAGCCAAAAGGUCCCACGACGAGUGCCAGCAGACGUGGUACCAUGAAGGCCCCGCCUCCCUGAAGGAAGCUCGCCUCUGGUUGGCCAGAUACUCUCUGCCACGGGCGAUGAUGCGUCUGGACGCUGCACGUGCUCAGAAGGAGGUUCCCGAUGCCACGAAGACGAUCCGCCAACAGGAGCUGCACAAAUCGCUGAGGAACCUGAACAACUUCUGCAGUCAGAUCGGUGAUGACCGUCCAAUCAGCUUCUGCCAUUUCAGUCCGGACUCCAAAAUGCUGGCCACCGCGUCUUGGAGCGGUCUGUGUAAGCUGUGGUCCGUCCCUGACUGCACCCCCAUCCGCACCCUCAGAGGACACAACACCAACGUGGGCGCCAUCGUCUUCCGCCCGCAGGCCGCAGUCUCUCUCGACCAAUCAGAUGUCAGCUUGGCCUCGUGUGCUGCUGACGGGACGGUGAAGCUGUGGAACCUGGAGAGUGACGAGCCGGUGGCGGACAUCGAGGGUCACGGCGACCGAGUGUCUCGGGUUUCCUGGCAUCCUUCUGGGAGAUUCCUGGGAACGACCUGCUAUGACAACUCGUGGCGUCUGUGGGACCUGGAGGUUCAGGAGGAGAUCCUCCAUCAGGAAGGUCACAGUAAAGGAGUCCAUGACAUCAGCUUCCAUCCCGAUGGCUCGCUGGCAGCUACAGGAGGGCUGGAUGCCUUCGGCAGGGUGUGGGACCUGAGGACGGGACGCUGCGUGGUUUUCCUGGAGGGACACCUGAAGGAGAUUUACAGCGUUCACUUCAGCCCCAACGGCCAUCACCUGGCCACAGGAAGUGGUGACAACACCUGUAAGGUGUGGGAGCUCCGCAACAGGAAGUGUCUGUACACUGUCCCCGCCCACCAGAACCUGGUGUCCACCGUCCGUUUCCAACCCACUGAUGGUCACUUCCUGUUGACUGGCGCUUACGACAACACGGCGAAGGUUUGGAGCCACCCGGGCUGGAUGCCGCUGAAGACGCUGGCUGGACACGAGGGGAAGGUGAUGGGCGUGGACGUGUCACCUGACGGGAAGCUGAUUGCCACCUGCUCCUACGACCGAACCUUUAAACUCUGGAUCUCUGAAUGAUGUCAGCAGUGAUGUCAUCCUGUGAAAUGUGCUGUUUUUCACUCUUUUUGUUCUUCCUAAUAAAGAUUUAGAAACUUU